AUGCAUUUCCCAAACCUCGCCUCUUCCUUUGCCCUGGCCAACACGGCCAUGGCUUACAUCUCCCUCAGCAGCAUCCCUUUCAACAUCAGCUCUGGCUCGGUUCAGAAAGUGAGUUGGUCGACCAACGAAACCUACACCCUAGAGCUGCACCUCGUACAGCAGACCGACAAUGGGUGGGCUGAUGUCGACACUAUCUUUCAACAUUGGCAUCAAGAAGUCGGAGCGGGAAGUUAUGAUUGGAGCGUCCCGCAAGUCGUUGGACCCGACAGGAACGUCGCUCUCUGGCUCUCAGGCGCAUUGCCAGGUGCACAUGGCGCAGGCUACGCCAAUAUAACCGAAUGGUUCCGCGUCUUCAACACUGGUGAUAGCGUCCGUACUGUAGGCACUACCUACACCGGCAAGUACUUCCGACCCUUUACCGUCGGAGAUAUCGUCGGUCUCGCUCUUGGUUGCGUAGCAGCUUUCGGUCUCAUCAUUGGCGGUAUCGUCUUCGUUGUGCUGAGGAAGAAGCGGGCGCAGAGGAAGAGGCAAUUGAUGAACCUGGAGGGUGAUGCUAGGUUGAGUAUCGAUUCGAUUGCUGAAGAGAAGUUGAGGGUGCAUCAGGAGGUUAUGAAGAUAAAGAAUUAG